GGGUGCAGAGACUGUCCUGGAGGAGGGAGGCCAUAGGGAUGAGGCCUCUUCAGCCAUUAGGGCCUCCUCAGACUUCUCUCCCACCAGUCAGAUUCUUCCUUUCCUGGGGCAGUAUCCUGGCAGCAUCCAGAGCUGAAAAUGCACUCAAGAAGGAUCCAGGUCCCCAGUUAAUGACUUUCUAACACCCCUUCAAGUCGGAGAGCAGUGUGCCCCACAGGAACUACCCAGAGGCCCAGGCCCAGCGCUGGGAUGGCUCUCCACAGUACUCAGGACGCUGAAGGAACUGCCUGAGACCAGUACCACAAGGCGGCUUGGGGCCGAUGCCAUGCAAACAGCCUACAACAUAAGGAGCUGUGGGCGUCCGUGCCAGGCUGUCUUUGGCAAGUGUGGAGCAAUGGAGGAAUGGCUGGAUGAACAGGGAGCAUGCCCCAGUCCCACAGCAGCCCCCGACUGCUGACGGAGCCUUGUGUGGAUCCCUGGCACAGCUUGGAAGGAGUACUGGUACCCAGUACAUACUGGUACUCAGUACGUAGUUGGAAUGCUGAGACCCAAGAACUGAGGUGAUGAAGCCCACUCUGUGUGUCUAGAGGACAUCCUGGCUAGAGCAUUCAGGACCUGAGUGAGGCCCCUCCACCCUUGUCCACCGGCUGAGAACCAGAGGCAGGCCAUAGCCAGCCAGAGGCAGAGCUGACUACUGCCAGCCAGAGAGGCCCUUGGUGACGGAUGGCCACAGACACAGUACCCAGAAGCACAGCGCGCACAUGAGGCAUGGAGUGGCUGCAGAGAUACAUCAGAUGUCUGCUCAGCAGCUCCGCUUCCUGACCAUGGUCAGAGAUCACAAGACGACUUCCCAUUCCACCUGACAAGACAGACUUCAAAUUGCUUCCUCCCGAGCCAGCCAUGACUCUUCAUUUCCACACCGCUGGCUCCAUAAGCACCGGCAGCUGGAAGUUAUCACGGCCACUGCUGUCUUUUCAGACUGAAAGAGACAGAUACGAUGAGGAGCCCGCAGGCCCACAGGGAGUGGCAAAGGCUGGUCAGCAGCAGCACUGUAAACAUCCAAACACACUGCAGACUCAUCAACGUCAAGUCCAGUGUGGCAUCACAGGGCCAAGAAGGGUCACCUUCCUGCUGCUUGGGACACCCAAAGAGAACUGUCCUCCGGUUGCUGAACAGGACAGCAAUGCACAGCGAGUGAGCUGAUGACCGGGGCGGGAUCCUGAAGCCCAGAACCCAAGAGGUCUACUUGCCCUUCUCCAACCUCCUCUGCACACAGUGCUCUCCCUUGCCACCCCUCUUUCUUGUCUCAUCUCCGAUCAGGAACCUGUCUGUGUGACCGCUGCCCUGAAGAUGGACCGUCACAACAUGUCCUGGAUCCGCUACCCUAGCCAUGUGUCCCCAGCUGUGGAGGAUGUCAUUGCAGCACAGAGCAUCAUUUCUAGGUGCAUGCAUGUGUAUGUAGCAGUGUGUGUCCCACUGAGCCUGGUGACAGGGCUCUUCUGUCUAAGCGUGUUCAUCCAGGACCGUACUAGGCUGGGGGUGCUGGACAGGCUCCUUGCAGGCCUCACAGUCACUAGCAUCCUGGUGACUCUACUGUCCCUCAAUGCUGCUGGCCGGCCUGACUACAUGUCCACGACAAACCUGGGUUGUGGGACACUCUCCUUCUUCACCAAUGUCUGCUACUUUACAGCUCAGUACCUGCAGGGGGCCAUGUUUGUCCAGUCUCUUCUGCCGGGAUCUUCGGGCCGCCAGCUCUUGGUGAGGCCUGUGGCCAGUCUAGCUGCCAUCGGAGGCUGUGCUGUGUGUAGUUCGCUCAUCCUGGUGUCCCUACUGGGCACAUCUGGGGAGUUGCACACAACCACUCUGUGCCAGGUGGAUCCACUGACGGCAUGGCCCGAAUAUGAGAUCGUCAAGUUCAGCCUGGGCUUCGCGCUUGCCUUGAGCUUUCAGAUGGUUCUCCUUCUCCUGCAUGCUACAAAGCCAGCCUGGCGGGUGGAUCCUGCUCCGAGAGACACAGCCUCUGGGCACUGGGCGGUACUGGCUGUGGCUCUCAACAUGUUUGCCUGUAGACUCUUCUUCAAUGUGGUCCUCCUGCAUCGGGCCCAGCUGAAGCUUCGGAAGGAUGUGGGCUCCCCCAGGGAUGAGCUGCUCAUGAACCUCGCAGAGCUGGUCCUCUCUGGAGAGAGUUGCAUUAACUUGGUGGUCACCCUCGUCCUCCACACACAGUGCAGGCUCAGGUUGCUGGGCCUCCUCGAGCGCCUGACACAGAGAUGCAGGCGGGGACCGGACCACAGCAUGCCCUUGGAUAGAGUAGGGGGCUAGACAGGGCCUGUCUGCAGGUACAAGCCACACCCCGUCCUGGUGUUCAGGGAAGAGUGCCUUUCCCGGGAGCUUGGGCAGGGUUCAUGUGUUCUGGAUGGUGCUUAACAAACAGGAGCUUGCUGCGGUCACCUCAACCUAUGCAAACAAGACAGCUUCUCUUCCCAGAUCAACAGGUGCGCCUUAAGAACAUUCAGGUCAAAGACACAACGGCAUGGGUACAGGGGCCGAUCAGAGACCAUGGGUCUGCUGGAGGGUGUCCUAACUAUAAAGGCCACCUUGCCCGAUGGCUGCCAUCCUCCAUUCCACAGCCCAGUUUAACGACAUAGGAAGGGCAACGUGGAAAUAAAUACAGUACUCACCUAAGGUUUUUGUUUUUUUCUUUUUAAAAAUAAUUUACUGAUGGAGGAGGGUCUUCUAUCAAUCUGUUGAUUUCAUUGGUUAAUUAA